UUUCGACAAAUUGUGAUAGAUCGAUUCGAACUACAUUGUUCAGUAUUAAUUUAGUUUCGUUUUCAUUACGUGACGUUAACAGCAUAAUAUUAAAGCUAAUUUAAGAGAGUCGAAAUGGCAUCCUUGCCUGCUUAUAAUCCUCCGGCUCCAUUUCUGGGACACAUCCCCGGUGGUCUAUACGUCGGAGCUAGACUAUUGAUCAGGGGUCUUAUGCCGCAUGUAGCUGAUCGAUUCAAUAUUGACUUACAAUGUGGUCCCCGUCACAUGCAGGAUAAUGCAGCCUUACAUCUGAGCAUUCGCCCGCUGGAGUUCACAGUGGUUCGCAAUCACUUCCAUAAUUACACUUGGGGAGCUGAAGAACGGAUUGGUGGCUGUCCAAUCCGGCCAGGGCAAUAUUAUGAAGUCGACAUCCGAGUGGAGCCAGGACGCUAUUCGAUUUAUAUCGACGGCAACCAUUUCUGUGAAUUUCUUCAUCGAAUUCCUUUCGAAAGGGUUACGCAUAUCCACGUAGGGGCAGGCACCACUAUUCAGUAUGUGGGGAAAGAAGCAUUUACAUAUGUGCCUCCAACUGUUAUUAUUAAACCCCAGCCCACCCCGGUGGCCCCGAUUGUAGGUGCCGUCGUUGGGGGGAUCAUUGGCGGAAUUGCUGCUUCCCAUAGGCCAGGUCACCAUAGCCCUCCACGACCGCAUCACAGACCUCCCCAUCAUGGACCACCGCAUCACGGGCCUCCACACCACGGGCCACCACAUCGUGGUCCGCCUGGUGCCCAUUUCAAAUGAACACAAUGACGUCGGUUAAUUAUAAUUCAUUGCAUAUUUUUCACAUUAUACUGUCAAUAACGUGUCUUUGUUCUACAAUAAAAUUAUUAAAUGACUACUAUUUUGUGCAA